AUGGUUAACGCUUGUCUUCUAGCCCUAUUCUGACUUUGUGCAGUUAUCACCGAUGCUCAAAUUAUUGGUGGACAGAUUUACACAGUUAUAAAUGCAACGGUAUCUAUUCCAUUGGCACAAGUUGCCAGCUAUCGCCGAGAAAUUCAAAAUGAGAAAGACGUUUGGGAGGAGCAUCUGUAUAGAGUUUGCAAUGGAAAGAAUAAGAAAACAUGUGGAUUUUGGGAAAACGUUAAGACGAAGAAGAAGGUGAAAUCGGGAAAAACAACCUACAACAAGAAUAAGAAGGUAUUAAUUGUCAAUAAAAUGAGCAUCUACGAUUUUGGAAAAUAUAUGACUGGAAACAAGAAGACAUCGAAGACUGUUGUGUAUGCUCCUUGGUUAUAA